UCCAUCCAUGAAUUCAGAUGGUAUACGGUCGUCGUGCAAAGAGGACGUCGUGAUCUACACCGCCCACCGUCUUGAUCGUGACUCUCAUUUCUACUCGUUUUCCUCCUCGUUUUCCCCCUCGCAGUUUUUUUUUACAAGUUUCUUCGCCCAUUAAGCCCCACUUCACUCAACACUUGAAUUAUUAUUUGUGCCUUUUAUUUAUCUUCGUGGGUUCGACAUCAGACACAAAACCGCCAGCUCUGAAACGAACAAGUCAAACAUUUUCCAACUGUGAACUCUGGGUACCUGUGUUGAUUCGUGGAAACGAGAAAAAAAAAAACGAAGAAGAAAACAACACAAGUGUGUGAAUAUUGUUGACCUAUCUGUGUGGAUUCUGGCAAUUUAUUCUAGCCGAGGAAACCCUCCUAAAAAAAAGGAACAUUGCAAUUUAUUGGCCGUUUAUAAACAUCGCCACAUCGAAGCCGUUUGCCAACGGUAUGUGACAUCUUGUUUGCACGCACACUGAAUCGAUCUUACCAAACAAACAAGGGAUUCUUUCGUCAUCGAAUCAUCAUGCAGUUGCUGGAAUAUCUCGCACCACAACAGCCACUUUAGAAGAACGUGUGGUGAACAGGCCGCUGCGAACACACGCAGGAAUCUGCUGCAUCGUUUUUUUUUUUUUUCAAUAACCACCUGGACCGUUUUGAUAGCACUCGAGGAAAUAAGAAAAUCGAAGAAGAAGCAGUGUUGCUUUCGUAGUGACAAAUCGCUCGGCGUUCAAACGGUUUUCUGAAAAGAAAAAAGGAAGAAGACUUUGGUCGUGUUGUUUUCCAUUGUUGUGGUGGCCACUGCUUAGCAUAUCGGAAACGAAAGAAGAAGAAGAAAAAAAACGACAAACAAAACAGUGGUGGUGUUGUUGUUGUUUUCUCUGCUCGUCUGCGAACAAUGUCACUCUCUCCCGAAGAAAUGUUUUAUCUAGCUACUGGAUUGCUGGAUCUCGACUCGUGGGCGGGCCAUGCCAAAAGUAGAGCCGAACAAUCCGGAGCCCGCUGCGUGAAUGACAACGAACGCACGAGGACCAAUUAUGCCGGUGUCAUCAAGCCGCUUAGCGAUCGACCAAAGGUACUGCUAGGAUUGUGCGUGCCUCAAUCGAUGCGUCCGAUCCCGACCGCAUUCAAAUGCCCACCGUCUGCGCGAAAGAAUGGCUGCUCAUCCCCGUCUAGUCUUUCAUCUCAUUCUGGAAGGUGUUCUUCAACGCCCAAUCGUCUGGGUCUCGUUUCCAACUGUUUGAACAAAAUGUCAUCCCCUUCGUCAUCACCGGGUCGAUCCAGUUGGCGGAAUAUCUCUUUCACUGUGCUCCUCGUCUUUUUGGCCUUUUCAUUGCAAACUGCAGAGGGUUGCUCGAGUCGGUCGACACCCAAGCCACGUCCUCCGCCCCCUCUACCCAGCCCGACGCCUGCCGUCCGACCCAACAUCACGUUCCAGACGUAUGCAUGUCCGCCAGCUUAUGCCACGUAUUACUGCCUCAAUGGCGCCACGUGUUUCACAAUCAAAAUUGGAGAGUCCAUUCUCUACAAUUGCGAGUGUGCUGAAGGUUUUAUGGGUCAGCGUUGCGAAUACAAAGAUUUGGACGGAUCAUAUCUGCCGCUGAGAGAGAAGAUCAUGCUUGAACGAGCAAGUAUCGCAGGUGGGGCCACCGUUGCCGUCGUUUUGGUUGUUAUCAUAUCCAUCAUAUUUUAUACGUACGUCCGUCAACAAAGGAAGGAACAACGACUCGCGAGUUUUGAGCAAGUGACAAUGGACAGAAUUCAAAUAAGAAACCGAGGUUGCAGUUCGUGUAGCAGCAUUGGGGCGUGCCGUUUUGGUAUCGCUUGUGCGAAGAAGAGCUCCAUCCCCCCUCACCAACACUGCCUUCACCAGUUUCACUUGGCUUCUGGCGAGAAAAAAAUGAACAAUCCAAAUCUGAUGAAUAUCGAUGGCCAUCACGCGCAGGCUUUUCGCCUGACUGGCUUAGCCUUUAAUCCACUCGGCAAUAGGAAUACGUCGAUCACCAUAUUGGCGAAUGCCCUUUUGGCAAAUGUGGCGACAGAAGGUGAAGCAUCUAAAAGUUGUCACACGAUAUUGUCAUUACCGAACGGAGACUGGGACCGCAAAGCAAAAGUGGUCACACCAAUGUGAAUAUUUUAAAUGCUCACCCUCUUUCUUCAUUCAUGUACGCCUGAAGCAAAAAAAAACAAACAACAAUUUAAUCGUCGGUCAUUUGGGACAUCGCUACCACCCUAUUAGUCUAACCGUGCACCUUGCAACUAGCAGAGGGAAACCUAGUUGAAUAUAAAGAAUGGGACCCAUAUUCAGCAAAAGUGGUAUUUCUCCUUCGUACAAAUACAUUCCAUGCUACCGUUAUUAAUGAUCCUUAAAAAACGAUUUUGCAAGAGGAAAAAAAAUUAACAAAAAAAAAAAAAGAAAAAAGAAAAAAGAUAUCGCAACGCAGAGUAGCUUUUUUUGUAUUUUUUUAUUACGUGAUUAAUAUUCACCGUAAUCCAUCAUAAACUCUUGCAGGCAAAUUUAACGGAUCAUCAAUAGUGUCUGGCUCAGGUCCCAAAUAGUCGGAAUGUUCCAAGUAUAACUAAAAGCGAGUUGGAUGUUAGACCGUGAGAUGAAGUAAAAGAGCUGCCACAUAGUGCUUGCUUCAUGGCAGACCGUUUAGAUCGCACAACAAAAUGUUAUGCAUUGUACAACAGUUUCCAAUCUUGAUGCCCAUGUGCAUCGCGUCUGUAAAUGAUAUAGUCAAGGAAUGCAUCAAAUGGGAAUUCCCGUGGCCGAUGCGUUUUUGAAUUAUUAUUAUUAUUAUUCUUUUUUUAAUAUUAUUAUUAUUCCCCUGUCACCCUCCCCCCCUACCCUUUUUGCUAAUAAGAAAAUUUAGUUUGAACCUUUUUCUUUGCUGAAAAUCUCCUCCGAC